AUGAGGCCAUCUACGGCUCUUGGUGCCGUCGCACUCUCGUUCUGCCAUGCCCUCAAUCUGGGCGGCCGGCCCUACCAAAUAAUCCAUGAGGUAGAUAGGCGUUCUGGCGCCCUCCAGGACUUCGUUACCUGGGAUGAACACUCUCUCUUUAUCCACGGCGAACGCGCCAUGAUGUUCUCAGGCGAGGUCCAUCCGUUCCGCCUCCCCGUGCCGUCGUUGUACUUGGACGUCUUUGAGAAGAUCAAGGCGCUCGGCUUCAACAUGGUGUCGUUCUAUGUCGACUGGGCGCUGCUCGAGGGGAAACAGGGCGAGUUUCGCGCGAAUGGCAUCUUCGCUCUGGAGCCGUUCCUUGAAGCGGCCUCCAAGGCGGGCGUAUAUUUGCUGGCGAGACCGGGCCCGUAUAUUAACGCAGAGGUUAGCGGAGGGGGUUUCCCGGGAUAUUUGCAGCAGUUGAAGGGGAUUCUUAGGUCUCAGGCGCCGGACUUUUUGAAUGCGACGGACAACUACAUGGCACAUGUGUGUGAUAUCAUCGCCAAGUACCAAAUCACCAACGGCGGCCCUGUCGUUCUUUUCCAGCCCGAGAACGAAUAUUCUUCAGGGCACAACAUCCCCUUUCCCAACGGGCAGUAUAUGCAGUACGUCAUCAACCAGGCCAGGAGCGCGGGCAUUUCGGUCCCCAUGAUCAACAACGACGUUGGGCCCUCGGGGAAUUAUGCUCCUGGCAAGGGCGUCGGAAGCAUGGAUAUUUAUGGACACGACAGCUACCCCCUAGGAUUCGAUUGCGCCAAUCCUGCCGUCUGGCCGCCGAACGGUCUUCCAACAAACUUUCACCAACUCCACGAGAGGCAGAGUCCGACGAGCCCGUACUCCAUCAUCGAGAUAUACGGCGGAACAAACUGGGGUAAUCUCGGCCACCCAGGCGGCUAUACGUCCUACGAUUACGGUGCCUGUAUCAGAGAAAACAGAGUCAUAGACCGUGAGAAGUAUUCCGAGGUCAAGCUCGAAGCCCAAUUCAUCAAAGUAUCGCCUGGAUACAUCACCGCGUCCGUUGGCCUCGCGUCAACCACCGCGUACGCCAACAACCCGGGCAUCACCAUCACGCCCUUGACGUCUAAUAAGACGGGCAACUUCUUCGUCGCUCGUCAGACAGACUACACCGCUACGGGCAGCGUCUCCUACACCGUCACCUUGCCUACCAGCAAUGGAACCCUCACCAUCCCCCAGCGCGGAGGAAGCUUGUCCCUGCACGGGCGUGAUUCCAAGAUCCAUUUGACGGACUAUCCCGUGGGCGACUACACUCUACUGUAUACCACUGCCGAGGUAUUCACCUGGAAGAAGUAUGCUAAUAAGACGGUUUUGGUGUUGUACGGCGGCCCAGAUGAAUUGCAUGAGUUUGCGGUGAAGUCUCCCUCCCCAGCGACACAAGUCCUGCACGUUGAGGGGAGUAGCAUCUCGUCCCACGGGCAGGAUUUAUCGACUAUUGUCGUGCAGUGGACGACGUCGCCAAAGAGGCAGUAUAUUCAGGUCGGCAACUUGGCCAUCUACCUCGUUGAUCGCAACUCGGCAUACAACUACUGGGUGCCCGUGCUUCCGGGCCCCAAAUCAUCCCCAUACGGCACAUCGCUCAUGAACCCGGACGCAGCCAUCAUCAACGGGGGCUACCUCAUCCGCUCCGCGUCCAUCAGCGGCAACACGCUCUCCCUCCGCGCCGACUUCAACGCCUCGACGGCCCUCGAGGUCGUCGGCGUCCCCGACGGCGUCACCAAGCUCUCCGUCAACGGCAGGCCGCUCAAGCACACCACCUCCCCGACAGGAACGUGGCUCGCCCAGCCGGACAUCACCAUCCCAACCCUCCGACUCCCCUCCCUCGCCAACCUGACCUGGCACACCGUCGACUCCCUGCCCGAAAUUCACCCCCAGUACGACGACUCCCGCUGGCGCACCGCCUCCCAAAGCCCAGGCAACAGCAGGCCGCAAGCGCACCACAGAGCCUCCAACGCGACCCUGUUGGCGGCGCCCACCCGCGCAUCUCUCUACGGCUCAGACUACGGAUUCAACACGGGCACCCUCGUCUUCAGGGGCCACUUCACCGCCUCGGGCAACGAGUCCCUCUUCAGGGCGUGGACGUCCGGCGGCACAGCAUACGCCAGCUCGGCAUGGCUCAACGACCGCUUCCUCGGGUCCUUCAAGGGCGACGACGCCACCGAGAACCACAACUCCACGUACGCCCUGCCCGGCCUGACCGCCGGCGAGCGGUACGUCGUCACCGUGGUGGUCGACACCAUGGGCUUCAACGAGAACUUCAACCCGGGCUACGAGGACAUGAAGGCGCCGCGCGGCAUCCUCGACUACGCGCUCUCGUCCCCGGACGGCGCGCCGACCGACGUGACGUGGAAAAUCACCGGCAACCUCGGCGGCCAGGACUACGCCGACGAGUUCCGCGGGCCGCUCAACGAGGGGGGCCUCUUCUUCGAGCGCCAGGGCUACCACUACCCUUUCCCCCCCGUGGACGCCCUCUUCACCCCGGGCUCGCCGUUUGACGGCGUCGACCGCGCCGGCGUCGCCUACUACGCGGCCAGGAUGCCGCUGGCCUUGCCGGCCGACGGCUACGACAUCCCGCUGUCGUUUGUGUUUGCCGACGGCACCCAGCGGCGCGGGGACUACAGGGCGCUGCUGUACGUGAAUGGGUUCCAGUUCGGCAAGUAUCUCAGCAACAUCGGGCCCCAGACCGAGUUCCCCGUGCCCGAGGGCGUCCUCGACUACAACGGGGACAAUUGGGUCGGGCUGGCGGUGUGGUCGUUGGACGGCACGGGCGCAAGGGUGCCCGGGUUCACGCUGAGGUCCGGGACUCCCGUCCAGUCUUCGCGGAACAAGGUCCAUCUCGUCACGGGGCCGUCGUAUUCCAAGCGUCCUGGCGCAUACUAG